UUUAAAAAAAAAAAAAACCUUAUGCAAAUUCGCGCGAAGGCAAGCAGGCAACCUGGGGAGAGGAGGGUGGAAAACAGACCGCUGAGCUCGGCAACCAAAACUCCUUUUUGCGAUUUCUCUUCAUUUCAUUACCAACCGAAACUUUUGUAAUUUCGGCCUUAGCCAUCGCCAAUGGAAGAGAAAGACUCAGCUGCGAGUCCUGGGACCAAAGCUAAGGAUUUUGGAAAAUUGAAACACGGGUGCGAGCACUAUCGGAGACGAUGCAAGAUUCGAGCCCCAUGCUGCAACCAGCUUUUCCCCUGCCGCCAUUGCCACAACGAGGCCGCGAGCUCCCUGAGCAACCCUAAUGAUCGUCAUGAGUUGGUCAGGCAAGAUGUCAAGCAAGUUUUAUGUUUGAUUUGCAAUACCGAGCAGCAGGUUGCUCGGGUAUGUUCUAACUGUGGUGUGAACAUGGGAGAAUACUUUUGCGACAUGUGCAAAUUCUAUGAUGACGAAACCGAGAAGGGGCAGUUUCACUGCCAACAAUGUGGGAUAUGUAGAGUCGGUGGUCGUGACAACUUCUUUCACUGUAAGAAGUGUGGAUCUUGCUAUCCAGUGAACAUUCUUGAUAAUCACUCAUGUGUGGAGAACUCCAUGAAGAAUUUCUGCCCUGUUUGCUAUGAGUAUCUUUUUGACUCGAUCAAAGCCACCAAAAUUUUGAAGUGUGGACACACGAUGCAUAUGGACUGCUUUGAUGAUAUGAAAAAACAGAAUAUGUAUCGAUGUCCUAUAUGCUCCAAGACAGUGACUGAUAUGUCUGUUUUCUGGAAUAUGUUGGAUGAGGAGAUAGAAGCCACGGCCAUGCCCGAGGAAUACCGAUACAAGGUUUCAAUUCUUUGCAAUGAUUGCAACAAUAAUGGCGAAGCUUGCUUUCACGUUUUAGGGCACAAGUGCGGUCACUGCAAUUCAUACAACACUCGCAGGCUUUCAGCACCAGACAAUUGAUGAGACAUCAGCUGACUACAUUAGGCUAUCAUACACCUUAGAACUUUUGACAGAUCUACCGAUUGUUUCAGUGAAAAAUUCCUCUUUAGCAAGUGCUUUUGUUUUAUGCAAGUUAUACUAAGGCAAUGUUAUGCUUUGUAAUGUUAAAACGGUUUCAAAUUCA